AAGGACAGUGUCAUGUGAUGUAGAAAGAUUUCAAAGCUGCAACCACACUGCGGUUGGUUUUAGUGCUGUGUAGCAGGUGAACAAAUCCUUCCGCUGAUUCAGAGACCAGAGUUUGUAAAAUGAUUAUUUUGGGCAGCAGACAGCUGGUUUUGCGCUGCAAUCUUCUCGUUUGUCUCCUCUUCGGUUGUGUGUCUGCAGAGACAGUAAUAGCCACAGUGGGAACAGAUGUGACUCUAACAUGCACAUAUGAUGCUCACUACUAUGGUAAGCUGUCUGUAUGUUGGGGUCGGGGGGCCAUACCCAACAGAGGAUGUGCCAACGAGGUGAUCAAGACAGACGGUAACUCAGUGAUCAGCAGACUGUCAGAGCGUUACCUGCUCGUGGGUGGUCUGGGCGAGGGUGACGUGUCACUGACCAUCAGGCAAGUAGAGGAGAGUGAUUCGGGGAUGUAUGGCUGUCGUGUGGAUAUACCCGGCUGGUUCAACGACCACAAACACCAGCUGACUCUCACAGUAAAUGCAGUGCGGCCUAAUCCCCUGAGGAUAGAGACGAGGGAGGUGAAGGAAAGAAUGGUCACUGUUCGCUGGACUCCUGUGUUUGAUGGCGGCAGGCCCAUUACAGCCUACAGGAUUGAUCUAAAAAACAAACAGGCAUCCUGGGACACUGCAGUGACCACCGAUAUGCCAAAUCCUGAACUGACUCAGGUGACUUUGGUGGAUUUGCGUCCAUUCAAGACCUACAACCUUCGUAUGUUUGCCACCAAUAACAUGGGGAUGAGUGAAUCCAGCAAUGUUCUCACAGUCACAACCAAAGAAGCAGCACCAGAAGGCCCUCCGUUGGAUAUGAAGCUUGGGGCCCUCAGUUCAAACAGCAUCAGAGUUACUUGGAAGCCUCCGAAGGUCGAUCUCAGAAACGGCGUUCUGCGAAGUUACAGUAUCAGCUACAGAGAGCAGGACCCUGCUGGCAGACAUUUUAAACGAUGGCAGCACUUAACCGUGAUGGCCACACGUGAAGUGGAAAGCGUCAUCCUGCAGCAUCUGAAGCCGUCUACGAUCUACAGCGUCCUCAUACAAGCCAAAACAAACGCAGGAAUAGGUCCUGCCUCAACUGCACCGCUCUGCUCCACUCUGAAUGAGGUUCACAAAACCACAGUGGCAACUAGUAUGUCUUCUUCCACUGCUGCCACAAAGAUACAAGGUUUUACUUCAGUUCACACGACUUCAACACCUGAGACAUUAUCUGCAACUACAUUCUGGGAACAAAGCACUGCAAGAAUCACUUCAGCUGUGUGCUGCCUAAUGACCCCAGAUCCCCCAGUAGUUGAAUUAAAGGAGAUAAAAGACCACACGAUUUCUCUUUCUUGGACUGUUGGAUUUGAAGGCGACAGCCCCGUCACUGGCUACUCCCUGGAGUACAAAGCAGCAAAUGCUUCAUGGGAUUACACAAAGACUGUCGUAGACUUCGGCCCCAACCAGACAGAGGCCACAAUAAUAGAGAUAAAUCCUUCAACAUACCACAUCCGCAUGUUUGCUAAGAACAGUCUGGGCACCAGCAGAGCCAGUAAUAUCCUCACUAUCACCACUGGAGAAGCAGGUCAUCAGAGGAAUAAUCUCAUCACCACCAUCCCACCUGAUACUGAUACUGAUACUGAUACUGAUACGGAUACUGUGGUGAGUGUAGAUGAGAGUCACAGCGUUCAUCUGGCUGCCAUCAUUGUGCCGGUGGUGCUGCUGGUGCUGGCUGUUGCCGUGGUAAUCACAUGGCAGCUGCGACGAAUAAAACAGAAAAAAGGCAGCCUGAACAUCAGGUGGCUGAGCAAUGGAGCGCUGCGUUACCAAGGCGCUGAGUCACUACAAGAGCUGUAGACACAAGAUUGCAAAACUCACAAAGAAGUAUUACUUUUUUAUUGUAUUAAGUCUUAAAAGGAAAUUCCUGAUUAUUUUGUCAUUUAGCAAAAGAAACCAAAUCUGUAAAAUCUUCACCUGCAUGUUUAACUGAUGAAAACUAACCCAAAGGGGAAAUAAUCCUCUACUUUGAAAAUACCGUCUAAAGAUGCUCACCAGCUAAGGAGUAGUUUGAGUUUUGUACAAUAGUUUCUAAUCAGUGUAAAGUUUUAACUGUUUCAAUUUGCUGUUUACACUUUUAUAACCAUGAGCCUGAACUCAGAUUACUUGUGAUGUUUUUAAGUGACAUUUUUAUGUAAUGGAAAGAUAUUACAGCUUUGCUAUUGUUUAAUUUUAUUUUGACAAUAAACUUCAGAAAGUAAUAUAAA